GACGCCUUCCACUGAACCUAAACCUUGACUGCUUGUCCGCCUGCCUGGCCCCCCCUUCGCAGGGGGUGAGGGGCGGGGAGAGGAAAGAAGGGGGGGCCCUCUCCGCGCCCGCGGAGCCGCUGUCACCGCUUCUGCUUGGAGCGUCGCUGCCCAAGAGAGGAAAAAAGCGACUCAAAGGCAGUGGCGGCAGCGUUUCCUCUUUCUCCUCGCUCAGCACCAGCACUAAAGAGACUCGGCCCGAUAUCUACCCAUCCGCCGCCGUUGCCACCGCCACCCCCACCGCACUCAAGGUAUUGGCAGCAGCAGGAGCACCGGGUAGCCGCGCCAGUGCCGGGAGCUGCAGUAGCAGCAGGAGAAUCCCUUCCCCGCCACCGCCUUCUGGCCAGGCCCCUUCUGCCGCGGCGGGGCCUUCGCCUGAAUUGCAGCCGCAGCAGGCCCUGUUCACGGUGCCAUCCUCGCAACGCCGGAGGAAGGAGCAGCGUUGCUUUGCUGGCUCGUCGUCUUCCUCAUCGGUGGGGAAAGGUGGAGGGACAGUCUCCUCCGCCAAGGCUAGAACCAUCUGCGCCCUGCAGCCGCUGUUGCUGUGCCUGUCCCUGCUGUUCUUGAGCGGCUCCAGGCUCACAGACAUGACCGCCAUCAUCAAAGAGUUCGUCAGCAGGAACAAAAGGCGAUACCAGGAGGAUGGCUUCGAUUUAGAUCUUACCUAUAUUUAUCCAAACAUAAUUGCAAUGGGUUUUCCUGCAGAGCGACUUGAAGGGGUAUACAGAAACAACAUUGAUGAUGUUGUGAGGUUUUUGGAUUCAAAGCAUAAAAACCAUUACAAGAUAUACAAUCUAUGUGCUGAAAGACAUUACGACACUGCCAAAUUUAACUGCAGAGUUGCACAGUAUCCUUUUGAAGACCACAACCCACCACAACUAGAGCUUAUCAAACCUUUUUGUGAGGAUCUUGACCAAUGGCUUAGUGAAGAUGGCAAUCAUGUUGCAGCAAUCCACUGUAAAGCUGGAAAGGGACGAACUGGUGUAAUGAUUUGUGCGUAUUUGUUACAUCGAGGAAGAUUUCAAAAGGCACAGGAAGCCCUAGAUUUCUAUGGAGAAGUAAGGACCAGAGAUAAAAAGGGAGUUACUAUUCCCAGUCAGAGGCGCUAUGUAUAUUACUAUAGCUACCUGUUAAAGAAUCAAGUGGAUUACAGACCAGAAGCACUGCUCUUUCAUAAAAUGAUGUUUGAAACAAUUCCAAUGUUCAGUGGCGGCACUUGCAAUCCUCAUUUUGUGGUCUACCAGCUUAAAGUAAAGAUAUACACCUCUUCAGGACCCACAAGACGUGAAGACAAAUACAUGUACUUUGAAUUCCCUCAGCCAUUGCCAGUGUGUGGUGAUAUAAAGGUGGAAUUCUUUCAUAAGCAAAACAAAAUGUUGAAAAAGGACAAAAUGUUUCAUUUUUGGGUAAAUACAUUCUUCAUACCAGGACCAGAAGAAAAUUCUGACAAAGUAGAAAAUGGAAGUCUUCUUGGAGAUCAGGAACUGGAUGGUAUUUGCAGUACAGAACGUGCGGAUAAUGACAAGGAAUAUCUAAUACUUACACUAACAAAAAAUGAUUUAGACAAGGCAAAUAAAGACAAGGCAAAUCGUUACUUCUCUCCAAACUUUAAAGUGAAGCUAUUUUUCACAAAAACGGUAGAAGAGCCAUCAAACCCUGAGGCUAGCAGCUCAACUUCAGUAACACCGGACGUUAGUGAUAAUGAACCUGAUCAUUAUAGGUAUUCUGACACCACUGACUCUGAUCCAGAGAAUGAACCUUUUGAUGAAGAUCAGCAUACACAGAUUACAAAAGUCUGAAUUUUUUUUAUUUGGGGAAAAAAAUACCACAAAGAAGAAAACUUGAAUAAACUGAAUUAUGGACCUUUUGAAAUGGCAAUAGGACAUUGUGACAAUUAUCAGUUGUAGGAACAGUUCUUUUCCUGACCAAUCUAAUUUGCUCUAUAAAGCCACUGGGCUUGACACUUGUUCUCCAGUUGAAAAAAAGGUUACGUAGCUAUGUUAUGUAUAUACCUUUUUGUGUCAAGAGGACAUUUAAAUUUCAAUUAGGAAAAUACAGAUGGCACUUUCCCAUUUGAUUCCAGUUUUAUAAAAGUGGAGACAGAUCUGAUGUGUAUACGUAGGAAUUUCCUUUUGUGUUCUGUCACCAACUGAAGUUACUGUAAAGCUCUUUCUAAUACACAGGUUCACAUCCUGCCCCUUUCUUUGCACUUAUGUGGCAACAGAUAAGUCUGCAGUUGGCUCGGAGAAGUAACGGGUUUUACUACAUUUGAAUGCAUGUAACAUGGGUAGGCGAGUCAAAAGAGAAGCUCAGAAAGGAAUGUGUUGUGCUGGACCCUGGACUGUGUACCAUUUCCAGCUUACUUACAUGCGCCUCUUUAGCAUGCUACAGUAAUAAAUCCUGGACAUUUGAGGAAUUGCCGCUGUCACUUGCUUGUUUGUGCAUUUUUUAAAAAGCAUAAUGGUGCUAGAAAAGGCAGCUAGAGGGAGUGGUUCUGUAUUAGGGAUACAGGAAUGAACCUUCCGUACCAUCUUAAAAGAUUUACAAAUGAAGGGAUAUGAAACAAUGUGGUUAUAUGUGAAAAACAGUAACAAUGACUUAACCAUACAAAUGUGGAGGCUAUUGGAAAUGGGUUUACACAGUUGUUUGUGUGUGACUGACAUGCCCUCAGCUGUGGAUGAUAAACAUAAGAGGAAUUUUUUACUAAAACCAAGUUGCAAAAAUACCCUUGUCUUGGAAACAUUUGGAACUGCCAUUUUGAACUUAAAUCCCAUUGAUUUAUUAGUGGCAGGGCUGGUGCCACAAGAGGAGUCAAGUUGGGCGAAGGCCUGUGUCUACACAAGGGCUCACCUGGGACCCCUUCCAUGUGGAGGAGUCUGCUGCAUGAGUUGAGUAUACAGGGAUGAAAAAAGAGUCACUGCAUAAUUGUUGGAUUAUCUGUAUAUGCAGCUUGCAUAGCAGCUUUUCCUUGUCCUGCGCUUUCCAGCUGAUGAACUUCUUCCCAGGCUUCUGUGAUAACACAGGAGCCUUUGAGGGGGAAAGCCAUUGGCUGGUGGGAGGAUAAUCAAAAGCAUUUCCUCCAAGGAUUGGUGGAAUGAAGUGGAGGAGUGGAGUUGCUGCUGCUGUCUGCCAAGUGUGGGGUGGGUGGGGGAGAUGUUGCAUUGGGCAGAAAUUGGGACCUAGAACUUCCUACAUUACUGGUGGUCCUUCUGAGUCUGCAAGCCACCACACUUUGUUCAUUAGCAUUAAUUCAUAAUGAAAGUAUAAAUGGUAACUAGCUGAGGCAGUUCAGGCUAAAUACUGAUCAAAUGGGCAACAUACUGCAUUCAAUGGUGAAUUUUGUUCCCUUUUCUAAUCCUGUGCAUAGUUGCAUGCCUAUAACUCUAUGAAUGUUCAUGGGAUUUUGCAUGUAGCUGCACAGGAUCAUAGCAUUCAUCCAUUAUGUAAACUUUUUACAAAGCUAAUGUUCAGGCUUCUGAAGUUUGAUCCACUUCUAAGAUCCCAUAGAUGAAACUGAUUGGCAAGAGGCGCCUACUGAAUCAACUUUGAGUUUUCUCCUGUGACUUAUAUGGAUCUUGGUUUGUGUUAAACAGUUUGAAAGCCACAUUAGCAGACUAAAGUUUGUGCUCUAACAUAUUUGGAUGUUGACAGUGUUCGGUGUGUUAGAACUUCAUCUUGUACAGUUCUACUGUGUAACAUGGGAGGGCCAAAUUGGAAAUAGUUUCAUGGCCUUUUGCACUGUGCUUCCUUUGGAAUGUGAAGGUCUGAAUGAGGGUUUGGAUUUUGAAUGUGUUGGUGGUUCUGAGAUGCCCUGCAUACGUUUUUAUGGUAUAGUCAUUGAAGAAAAAAUGGCAUCAUUCAUACACACACACGCGUGCGCGCAUACUCUCCUUCACUUCAUUUCAGUUACCAUCCCUGUAGAACAUGGCAAGAAUUACUGAUUAAAACUUUUAUUUAUGACAGUAUUCAUCAUUAGCUUGAAAAUGAAUUCUUGUAGGUAAUUUCUUGAGUUUCUGGACUGUGUGCUUAAAUUCUUGGAUGUGCAGCAGCUUACAUGUCUGAAAUUACUUGAAGGCAUCACUUUGUCAGGAGCUUACUGUUAGUCCCUGAGCCAUCCCUAGUCAUCUGUAGCCCCAUUUAAAAUAGUUUGUCACAGUAGUUAAAGGGCAGUUGUAUAAAAUAGCAUCAAAGUUCUUUGCUGUGGCACAAGUUGUAAACUGAAGGGAUGUUUACAUGCAGCAUCAAUUGUUUUCAGCUUUAAGAAGUAAAUAGGGUGCCAGUGUGCAGUUCCAUGUUUAAAUUCUAGCAAACGUGCAAUAUGUUUAACGAUGCCCGUGGUUGCCACAAAGUGCCUCGUUUACCUAACAGUAUUUUAACUGUUAAUGUGUCAUGCAUGCAGAUGGAAGGGGGUGGAACUGUGCACUAAAAGGAGGCUUUAACUGCAGUGUUCAGUAGAGCUGCUUCUCUACUCUGCCAGUUCAAAAUUCUCAGUCUGUUUUUCAUAUAGUGUGUGUGUGUUUGUGUGUACACGCGCGCGCACACACACACUCUCUCUUUCUCUCUCUAAAAUUGUUAAGCAGCCUUAUUCUGAUUCAGCCUCUUCAGAUACUAUUGUGCUGUGCAGCAGUGGCUCUGUGUGUAAUGCUAUGCACCGAGGAUACACAAAACAAAAAAACGACAUGUACAGGAUAAUGUCUCAUGCAAAUCAGAUGUCCGUUUGUUAUUGUGUUUAACAGCCCUUUAUCUUAGUGUUAAAACUCCACUUAAAACUGAUUAAAGUCUCAUCCUUGUCACUGUGUGGGGUGUAUUAUUAUAUGGAAGUACAUUGAAUGAAACGGCUAAUAUGUUUCCAUAGAAUAAUGAAAAGCACAUGUGAUUACAAGCAUGAAGAUUGCUUACUGGAGAGGAGCACUUUUAAAGACAAAUCUUUUUUUAAAAAAACUCUUCAGUUUUAGAAAAUUCAAAUUAAAUUAUCUGAAGGUAUUGGUGGGAUUUUGACAAUUGAAGAUUGGAUUUUAAAAAUAAACUUGCUUGAAAUGAGAAUGUAAUCAAUACUUUCAAAUGACUGGUAUAUGAAUUUGACUGCACACUGUAUUCUUGAAUCUACUCAUUUUUUAACAUCAGCAUGAUGAAAUGCUUGAUUUCUGGUGCAAAGGAGAAGGCAUAUCUCUGAGAGUAAGCUUGAGCUUUGCCUGUUUUAGGUUAGACCCAUGGUGUAUCUUUCAAACGAAGGAUUACAUUUCAAAAGAAGCUUGAGUCACAAGGUUGAGCAAAACGUGCCUGAGACCUUGGAGAGUAGCUACUAGUCAGGGGAAUAGUACUGGCUUAGUAUAUAAGGCACAGGUCCUUGUAUCUAUGCAGUUCUAGAGCAACUGCUACUUUUGUUUGUUUACAAUCUAACAUGGGAUCUUUACAUGUUGGAUGUCUUUCAUGAUAAAUGACCAGCAUGAAUAUAUCAGACUGAAACAUCUGGGAUAGGGUUAAAUGGUAGAGCAUUCAAAUAACUUUCUAUUACCACCAGAAACUAGUAUUUGCAUUUGGUAACUUAACUUACAUUAGAAAUUGGAAUGUUUUCAUUAAAUUUACAGAUCGAUCAUUUCAGAGAUACUUGAGAUUUCUCAUCAGCCAAGGAGGAUUUUUAAUGCUUGUUUCCUUGAAGUAUUUAAUGUGCCCAAAACAUUUUGUACAAGUCUUAAAUGGACAGUCUGUCACUUUGCCGUUUAUAUAAAGUGUGACAAAAGCUUUCUGUUAAAGUUGCCCAAUUUAAAUGGCAUUGCUGUUCCCCCACCCCCAUACCUUAAAUUGUUAAACCAAUAUAUCAGGUGUGUAUGUGUUUCUAUGUGCCCUGAUUUUAUGUUUCUUUGUACCAAGUUCUUAGCUUUCAACAAUUGCUAAGCACCCAAUAUAUGGUUGAACAGAUAACCAUGGAAGGGUGUAAAUGGAUAUACUAGAUCUCUUCCUAUUCUAACCAUUCCAAAUGUACCUGAAAUGAAAACUUGAAAGUCAAGUUUUUUGUGCUGCAUUAAAAUCUCAGCUUUUCUCCA